AGCGGCGCACACAGAAACAUCAGUGGCUCUGAAUUCAUGACAUGGCAACAAAAAUCAUCUACUUCACAGUGAAUGGAAGACCAGAGCAGGCUGAGUUCCCAAUGGAUUGCCCUGCACAGGAUGUCAAAGAUCUGUUCCGCUCUGCAGCCGAGGCAGGACCCCAUGACAUCCUGAAGCUGUACAACCCUAAAGGCAACAUCAUCAACAUCUCCCCAAAUCUGGAGCCCAACAGCCCAAACUCCUGCUACAAGCUGGAGGUGGUGGCCGCUGACUGCAACAGUGAGCCGUUAGGUAUCUUUAACCUAACAACAUGGGAAUCGCAGUGCUUGUCUUCAUAUAGAAAUAAGGUAGGUCUCCCUUCUUUUCUUGUAAUUUCAGGUACAGAGCUUGCUGGUGCUCUAGGAUUUGACCUCUCAACAAUGGAGAAAAGACUGCAGGGCCUGGAGAAGAAAAUCUUGUUCGAGGCUGGUGAGACUCCUGCAGUUGUGUAUGAGAUGAAGAAACAGGUCGAUUCAUUCCGGGAGAAACUGGAGAGUGUGGAGCAUCUGAGCUGGCUGGGAUUGUUUAAAGACCUGACAGAUGGAACACAUAAGCCCUCCCCAUUUUACCACAAGAGAACCCUGCAUAAAACCAAGAAGGAGUGUGAGCAUGUACGGGAAAAGUUUCUUCAAAUGAGCUCCCUGGAGGUAUCAGACGAAGUGAGACAGUACUUAAAGACCCCAACCUUUGAUAACUGGCAGUGGGAGGAUACAGAGAUCAUGGUGCUCCUGCAGGUCAUGUACACAGAUUUAGAUUUCAUAGCGACCUUCAACAUUGAGCCUGAAGUACUGCAACAGUUCCUGUUUGAAGUUUACCGAAGAUACAACAACAUCCCUUUUCACAACUUCAAGCACUGCUUCUGUGUUACCCAGAUGAUGUAUGGUUUGAUCUGGCUGACUGACCUGAAGAGUAAGAUGGACAGCAUCGACCUGCUUAUCAUGCUGACCUCUGCAGUGUGCCACGACCUCGACCACACAGGAUACAACAAUGCCUAUCAGAUAAAUGCUCGAACUGAACUUGCUCUCCGCUACAAUGACAUCUCUCCACUGGAGAACCAUCACUGUGCUGUAGCAUUUGAGAUACUAGAGAAGACGGAGAGUAACAUCUUCAGAAAUCUGUCCAUGGAUCAAUACAAACGGAUAAGGGAAGGAAUCAUCAAAUGCAUUCUAGCCACUGACAUGACAAGGCACAACGAGAUUCUCAGCAAGUUCAAGUCCAUCCUGCCGGCUUUUGACUUCACCAACAAAGACCACAGAGAUGUGCUGAUGAUGAUUCUGAUCAAAGUGAGCGACAUAUCCAAUGAGGCGCGGCCCAUGGAAGUCGCCGAACCCUGGUUAGACUGUCUUCUGCAGGAAUUCUACAACCAGAGUGAUGUGGAGAAAUUAGAGGGUCUUCCAGUGACCCCCUUCAUGGAUCGGGACAAAGUAACCAAACCUUCAUCUCAAACAGGCUUCAUCCGAUUUGUCCUUUUACCUCUCUUCAUCGAACUGGCCAACCUAUUCCCCUGUUUAGAGCAACACAUUAUUGACCCAGUGCGGAAGGCUCUCGAUUACUACACAGAGAUGGAGAAAGCACUGGAGAGGAAGAAACAGAACCGGGCUCAGAAUGAGAACACAGCCAAGAGUAAAGAGACAACCGUGGGUGCACAAAGCACAAUGGGCAGUCACACAGAUGCUGGGCCUGAAGCCUCUAAACCAGACACACAGUGAACAAAGGAUUGAAUAGUAACUUUCAAUUAUUUGAAUCAAGACUGUACUUUUACUUUAUUAUUUACUGGGCACUAAGCACAAGUACUGUAUGCUGUUCUAAGCAACUAAGUUUUUUGUUGUAGUUUUGGUGUAUGCAGUAUUAAAUGUAAUGUGAUGAAAUGAUACCUUUACUCUAUGAUUUUGCUAGAGAGUUAAAUACAUAUACUCAAUAGUAAUAUAUUUCUAAAGAAUAUUUCAUUAUUACAGUAAUCCUCCUGUAUUAGUUAUAACAGCUUUAACUAAGCCUGCAUCCAGAUGAUUAAUAAUAAUAUGUUUUGCUUAAGCCUGUCUGCUCUCGUUUCAUUUUCCAGCCUAACUGUAAACAGAAUUUUACAGUAAAAGAGUUUGUGAAUUUGAAUGACUAAAAACGUCGACAAGUUUUUGAAUUUAGGUGUCAAAAUCAGGUAAAAAUUAGCAGUAUUCUCAGUAUGCAGUAUGAAAGUAUUGAGACACAUUCAAACUUUUUAGGCAACAGAACAUGGUGAUCACAGUGUAAACAAAAGCACGAUCUUAAUAUAUGAUGUAUAGACAAAAUAUACACACAGACAGAAAGCAAAUAAUACAGUGACAAACAUAAUAACACAGGUUAAGAGUCGCAGCAUUCUGAAUCAACUGCAAAGAGACUAAG